CGGUGUAUGUACCCCAAAACUAAAUAUCGAAAUCGAAUCUAUAACUUCAAACAUAUGCACAAAACCCAACCUCCUCAUCACAUUAGCCAGCUCCCCCAUAAAGAAACCCAUCCAACACAAUGACCUACCAAAUCGCCUCGCACGCGACCCUCUCCCCCCCGCGCGCCGCGGCGAUGAUCUCCUUCCUGGAAUCCUUCUACCGCACCAGCGACACCGAAUCCGCCCACGACCAAUACGUCCAGAACUUCACGGAAGAUGCCACGUUGAUCAUGGGGCCGAAGACGGCCAAGGGACGUGACGAAAUCCGUACCCUCCGCCACGGCCUCUGGACGCACGUCGCCUCGCGCAAACACACCCCGGAGCGGGUGUACUUCGGCGGGGAGGGCGAGCUCAUGCUCUACGGGACGGUCAAGUACGUUCUGCGGAAUGAUCCGGGGAAUGAGGUCGAGGUGCCGUGGGCGGGGAGGGUGGUUUUUGGUGGUGGUGGUGAGGACACCGCGGAGGGGGAAUUGAGGAUGCGGUUUUAUCAGGUUUAUUUGGAUCCUAGUGCGCAGUCCGGGAGGAAGUAGAGGGAUUGAUUAUACUGUUUGCCCUGGUUGGAUUGGGUGAAUGGAUUCUUUUCGGGUCCUUGGGGCUGGGGGCUUUGGGGCUUUGGCUUUGGUGUGAAGAGGAAUGGAAGACGGGUUUGGGAAGUGGGAAACUAUAGAAUGGAUGUUAAGAAGAGUUGGGGUUUCGAUAUUGGGUUUGGUUCGGUU